AUGACCUACACUGCCAUUGUUAUGUACCCCAACAAUGAGGACAUCCAGUUCGACGAUUCCUACUACAUCAAAACCCACAUGCCACUCGUCGAAAGAACCUGGAAGAAAUACGGUCUGAUCAGCUGGCGUGUCACCAAGUUUCCCAAGGCGCUUGACGGCUCGCGGUCUCAGUAUCUGAUCAUGGCCACCCUUGAGUGGGAGAACGAGGAGUCCUUGAAGUCUGCUCUGCAGGACCCUGGCAGUGCGGGGGUGUUUGGCGAUAUCCCCAACUUCAGCAACGUGCAGCCUGUCACUCUGGCUGGUUCUGAGCUCCAAGUUUGA